UGUUUCAUACUACACCGAUAUAAGGGAUACAGUUAUAAGGUUUUGGAUCAUUUACGAGCAAAGCGUGUCUAGUACAUAAGUACAUGGCCAUCGAUGGUGGGAACUAGGAGUGGUUGUUUUCUCAACUCUACACCCAAAUUAUGGCGUUAAAACCCUAUUCCAACAGAUUUCAACUUUUUACGUUGAUGUUCAGUUUGUUCUUGCUGUUGGGGAUAUCCUUGUUCUUUGUAGUGUACCGAAAAACAAAUUUCCUUGACAUCCAGCCUCAGUUUCUCGUAAUCCAGAGACUGUUUGGAACAGCGCCUUCUCCUAAACCAAUAAGAGUGAAACGUGUUACCUAUUACAACAGACCCCCCUGGAUAAGUCCGCAUGUGUUCAAUGGGUGCAAGGACAGGUGUGAGAUGAUUUCGUCAACAAAUUACAAGGACAGUGACGUAGUUGUGUUCCAUGCGCCUAACUUAUAUAGAGGCACACCUCUGAGGAAAUAUAAUGGUCAAACGUGGGUGUUUCAUGACAUGGAACCGCCAUUUUUAGUUCCAAACUUUAAAAAUUGGAAACGAGUAUUUAAUUGGACAAUUAGCUACAGACGAGAUGCUGAUAUUUUUAAUCCAUAUAGUUAUUUCACACGGAAAACAAAUACAGAGAAUACUAAUAUUCGGGAUAUUAUGUGGAAAAAUAAAACUAGGAAUAUUGGCUGGAUUGUUUCACACUGCGGAGUGGCAAGCCAGAGGCUUAAAUACGGAAACGAACUUCAAAAAAAUAUUGAUGUGGAUACAUAUGGUCGAUGCGGGAAUCUUCACUGUCCAAGAGGAAAAUGGCAGGAGUGUCUCGGGAAAUAUAAAUAUUAUGCAUCAUUUGAAAAUUCUCUGUGUAUUGACUACAUAACGGAAAAGAGUUUCCGAGUGUUCGAGCGGAAGGUGAAUUCAAUACCAGUUACUCGUGGAGCUCCUGACUAUUCUAUUUUCCUCCCUCCGGGAUCAUACGUGGACACAAGAAACUUCUCAUCAAUUAGUAAAUUAGGUAUUUUCUUAAAGAAGUUAUCAGACGACAAAGAAUCAUUCAAGUCUUAUUUCAACUGGCGUCGUUAUUACAAGGCUGAAGAUAUGAUUGGCAGUAGCAUGGGAUUUUGUGAGCUGUGUAGAAGAUUACACAACCCGUCCGAGAAAUACGAACAUCUGUAUGAGGAUAUUGAUGAGUGGGUACGACAGGACUCGCAACCUAGGCGCUCGUGUAGACCCGUCGUGGACUUAAUUUAAACGCCCUCGUUAGCAUAUGAAAUAUACGAAAUGUGUUCACAUGUAUGACAGUCAAGACAUCAUCGCGUUUUUAAAGAGAACACAACCUAUGUUUAUU